AUGGGAGCAAUAGCUACUAUAGUUAUUGUGGUUCAAUAUUUCGAAUUUCCAUCUAGUAGAGUAUUGGUCUCUCUUUUCUCUGUUGUCAAUAAUAGAAACUUCUUGUCCAGAAAUUCAUUGAUAGAUUCGAAAGCUCUAAGUGACAUGACACUUUCAAAUGGUUUAAACACAACUAACGCUGGUAUACUUCAAGAGACAACAAAUAAAGGUGAAGCCUCAGACAACAAGCAAGAAACAACCGAAGUUAGCCAAUCGAAAGAAAAGGAAGGAAGUCCAAACAGUAACAAUGAAUCAGAAAGGAAAAGAGGCUCAAGUGAUAGUUUUGGAUUAGUUUCAAAUGAAACUAAAUCAGAUGAUCUUGCAAACCAAGAUAAAAUUCGAAUCCAGAAAUAUUAUAAAAUCCAGAAAAGAGGCUACUCGUUGGCAAGAAAGGAAGGAGCGAGAGACGAUGGAGAAGGAGAGAGAGACGAUGGAGGAAGAUGA